AUGACCGAUGCGUCGCCAACCCCGUCGGAAUCUCAACCGACUGUAACGACCCUCGAGCAUCCUUACUACGGGCUUUAUGGUCAUUACUGGAAGGCCAGCAGGGAUGUGCCGCCAACCAAAUGGCUUCCAAAGAACAAGAAGCUCUGCGCUUGUGGUGACCAUCAGGCAAGCCAAUGGCCGAUGGAGCACGCAGUCAUUACGAUUCCUCCCUGCGCCUACAAGUGUCCCUACUGCCCAAAGUUCGAUGCUCUCGAUACCACCGACCCUCAAGUGGUGAAGAUCCGUGCCCAUAUCAAACGCGACCAUCUGAAGAAAAUGCCGGAUGAAUUCCCUGGGCUCACGGUCACCCCGGGCAGAGUGACAAAACCCCGCGUACCUAAGCCAUGA